UCUCUCUCUCUCUCUCUCUCUCUCUCUCUCUCUCUCUCUCCACAGCCUGGUUAAGAGAGCACAGACCAAAGAGCAAGAGGGAACCAAAAACACUUUAAACGGAAGAACAAAAGAGGAGAAGCUUUCAUCCUUAUUGCUAAACUCCUUUUCUUUUAUAUCAGACAUGUCUCCCUUCCUCAUGUGAUACAACCCCAAACAUAGUAAUAUUUACGAUAUAUAAACACUUGAAUGCAUACAUAUAUUAUCGUACCGUAUAUACGUAUAAAUUAAGGAGCUAGCAUAUAUAUAUAUAUAGGCCGGCCGUCUCCGGGGAAGAAGCAAAGAAUAGGGGAGAGUGAUAUGUUAGCUUUGUCGUCGGUGAGGACCCCCACGAACAAAGAUGAGAGAGGAGGAGGAGGAGGGGUUGAGGAAGUUCUUAACGAGACGUGUGAAUUCACUAUCGACCCGGAGGAGUUCCCGGAGUUUUCGGACCACGGCAAUCUCCUCGACAGCAUCAACUUCGACGAUCUCUUCGGGGGAGAUUCACUGCCGGACCUUGAGAUCGACCCCGAGAUCUUGACGGUCGAUCAGAUGAACGCUUCCUCGACGGUGACCACGGCCGAAGGAAAGGAGGGGGACGAGGAGGAGAGUGGUUCGGCCGGGAAAUUAGGCGAAGAGGUUGUGAGCAAGAGAGAGGACGCUAAGAAGAGGAAACAUGCCUCUCCUCCUUCCAACAACAGCCAAGGCAAGCAGCGCAAGAUCAAGGUGGACUGGACACCGGAGCUUCACAGAAGAUUCGUUCAGGCAGUGGAACAACUGGGAGUGGACAAAGCCGUACCCUCUCGGAUUCUGGAGCUAAUGAACAUCGACUGUCUCACCCGUCACAACGUCGCCAGUCACCUCCAGAAGUACCGGUCUCAUCGGAAACAUUUGCUGGCGCGUGAGGCGGCGGCGGCGGCCAGCUGGACGAGGAAACGGCAGAUGUACGGAGCGGACGGUGUGGGCGGGGGCGGGGGCGGGGUUGGGAGGAAGAGCGUGGGGUUUCCUCCGCCGCAUUUCAGGCCGUUGCACGUGUGGGGACACCCGACCACGGUGGACCACUCGACGACCACGGUCUGGCCCAAACACAUUCCUAUGGCUCAUCCUCCCUUUUGGCCCUCUCUUCCUCCUUCGGAUCCUCCCUUUUGGCACCCUAUUCAAAAUGGAAAGACGGCAGGGACACCGUGCUUCCCGGCCACACACAUGAACUUUGGAAUGCCGCCGGUGGCCGGAAUCCCCCACCCGCCGAUGCCGAGACAUCAGACAGUGUUCAAGUCGGAUCCAGGCUUUGGUCCCCUCGUCGGACAAUCUGGCCCUCGUCCUCCUCCGGUCGACUUACAUCCCACAAAGGAGAGCGUGGACGCAACCAUAGGAGACGCGCUGAAG